GGUGUCAGGUACUUUUGUCUCAGCAACGAGAGAAAGGUAAGACAUAACUUCUCAUUUUCCAUAAUCAUGUCAGCCAACUGCUUAUUGAUCUCUAUGUAGAUUUCUUACUGUUUUUGUUUCUCUAGAGAAACUUUUAAGACCAAGAAAUAGGGCCUGGUAUAUACUUAAUAUAUUAUUCUUGCAGCAGAGCAGACAAUAUACUAUAGUAAGGGAUUAGUGGCCAGAAAAUGUGAUGUUGCCAAAGAUGUGUAACUACUUAAUACAGGUGACCCUGAAAUCCCACAAUUGUCACCAGAUGUAAAUUCACGCACCGAAUGGUGUCAGAUCCCAGCUCAUCGCAGGACCCGUGAUGCAGACGGGUCCUGAGACACAGGUUUGAAGAGAUCAUGAGCGUGGGGCCCUCAGCGAAGAUGAGGUGCCACUCCACGAAGGGACAGCGGCCUGCUCCCUCUUCCCUUCCUCAGGCGAGGACUACGCAAUCACAUGUCCAGCCAGGAAGCGGCCCUCGGCAGAAACCAGCCGUGCCGGCACCCUACCCCCGAUUUCCAGGGUUCCGACUGCGAGAAGCGGCUGCUCUGUGAGCGAGCCAGCCCGCGGUGUCUUGCCAGGCAGACCGACCGCCUGGGGCAGGACCCCAAGUGUAAGAACCAUAACCCCUUGCACUUGGAGUAUUAUGUUUAACUCAAAUGACUUCAGUGAUCACUGAGGCCAGUCGGGGCAAGAUGGGGUCCGCUUCUGCCCCAAGACGGAAAAGGUUCUUAACGUAUGAACCGUGCUAAGUAGUGUUAAAACGCCUUUUCUGAGCAAUGGUAGAACAGGUAUCUCUUAAGAAGAACGGAACGCAGCAAAAGCCAACCGUCAGGCCAGCAUUUGAAAGCCAGAGCGACGGGAAAGUGAGGGUCGACCCUUCCUGGUUUGAAGACUGGAUUACUCAAGGCCUCACUAACACGGACACUGGGCCGGAAGCAGUAGCCCAGUUUCUUGACGCUCCCGGAGCAAAGCUUGACGCUGAUACGCAGGACUAUACCUGGACUUCCCGGCGGCUGGCGCAAGGCCGGGCACGCGUGUGCGCAGAUGUCUGCGCGUGCCGUACAAGAGGACCCAGAACCCACGCAAGCCUCUGCUCGGGCACUACAAUACCUAGAGAAAGGUUCUGAAGAUGAAAUAAAAAGCUGCCUCUUUUACAGGGCUUUUCAGAGAGGAACAAGCCGGCUCUUUUCCCAGUGUUCAGCAACACCUGCUGUAAAGCCUUUACAUCACGGACGAUACCAAACACCCACGGGCAACGACGGCUACGCUUGAUCUACGAUGUAACAGAUAUCUGGUGCGACAGGGGGUAUGCGUUUUAUAAACUGAUUAAAAGCCUCACCAGGGUUACUCGUAUUUCAGGAGGCUUUCAGGAAUGUUAACAAUUAAAAUAUUUAUAUAUAUUAUUAACAAUUUCCCCACCUUUUUUCUGAGAACAAUUCUAAAAUAAUUUAAAUUUACUAGUCCUCAGUAAAUGCUCAGAUCUCUGAUAAUCUACCAUAAAACAAUCAGAGAAAGAAGAUAACCCUUUGUGAUUUUAUUAGGAAAUUCAGGGACUGAACGAGGACUUGGAGGUCUUGGGCUUCCUGGGGAAAUGAGUUAAAUGGGCAUAUUUGGGUGAACUCUAGAAAUUUAAAAAAUUGUCUGCUAGAUGUAACAGACGGUACUCACUAGAAAGAAAAUUAAACGCUUUCACUCCUUAAGGAAUAAUUCAGUGCCGAAGAGAGCAGGCACACACGCAAGGCUGCACAGCAGAACACUUUAAUGAGUCUGAAUUACCUGCCACUCAGCAAACCUACAAAUCAGCGAACAGAGGACUAACCCCGGAAUGUGUGUUACCUAGAAUAUUCCUUUUCGAAAAUACUGUAAAGCAUUUUUAUGAGAUUUGUAUUUGAUGUAUUACAAAGCUUAGCAAUUCUGAAGGAUUUUAACCGAGAAUGAUAAAACACGUGGUGGUUAGGAUUUAAAGCAGCAGUUUAGGAAAUGGUAACAAUUUUGUCAUUACUAAGAAGAAUACAAAAAUACACAUUAUGGGAAAGACUGUUUGUACUUAUUGUUUUAUGUAUUUGGAUUUAACUACACCUAGCAACAAACUUUAGUGAAGGUCACAGUAAAUGAAAUUUUUUUUAUAUAGCACAAGCUCCUGAUAUGAGGGAAAAAUUAGCAAAAUUUGUACUCAAUAUUUGACCUUGUGCAUAUAGAAAAUGGAUAGUCCUGUUUUCACAGCAUUUCCAUUUAAAAGAACAACUGCUAAAGCAAUGCCUGAGUUUGUAGUAGCUUUGCAACUCAGAUUUGCUAUAUACUUGUAGGGGGAAAAAAAGAUAGUUAAACCCAUUUGACUGACACUCUGCUUUUUUGAGACUCCAGUCCAAAAUAUGACCAUUCUUACCCUCCUUGAAUGCUGUUCACCUCUGGAUACCUUUAAUAAACUAGUAUUCUUUUUUUCUCACCACCCUGACAAGCCCCAGACUCCCACGGCAGAGCUGAAGAACGACCAGACCACGGCAGGAUGGAGGGCAAAUGCUUCCAAUGCACGUAUUUACCAAACAUAAAUUCUUCUCGGUCUUUUUGAGGCAGGGUUUCUC